UCGACCCCGAAAAAAAAGAAGUCUCAAAUCAGUGCGUUCGAAAGUGGCAUCGCGUUCCCAGGGUCAAUUAUGAUUGUCUGUGUACCCCCGCCCGGGACGAAUCAGUUGAAUACGAGUGAUUAAUAGCGCCGGUGACGUUGUUCGCACGAAAAUUUAUUCGAAAUUAGCUCACCCGCGUAAUUGGAUGUCGUUGGAAUGCCGCUCCACUUUGUGCGCUUUAAAGCUGCCUGUUUUUUUAUUUUUUGCUCUGUUCCCUGAGUGUGUUCCCUGUUUCGAGUGUUGUUAUCGUGAUUCCCGUGGCUAGUAAUUUCCGAUCGAGUACAACAACAACAACAACGAAAAAAGCAAGAUGCGCGUUAAAACGUUAAGACAGAUUAAAAAUCAGCGGGGACAUCGUAAUCAUCAUCAUAGCAGUCACCAUAACCACAACCAUGUGGCAGCCAAUGCAGCGAUUGAUGCGCACUAUUUUUCACCCGAAAGACUGAACGCGUUAGUGAAUUGCAUGAAUCCACCGUACAGAAUGCCGCCACAACCGCUCGGUGCGUACGGUAUGCAGCACGAUCAUCACUCCAGCAUACCGGGGACGGCAUCGACGGAGGCACACGUACUGGCCACACCGCUUCGUACACAUUCCUCCAAGUUUCCGGUAAGGUGUCACAAGCAACACACGCAUUUUUGUUUUGGAACUGAUCACCUUCACGUCUUGCUGUUACAGAUCGAACGGGAAUUGAUACUGUCAUCGAACAAAAAUUCCUCCAAAAUACCGCUUAUGCAGGAUAAUAGGAAUACUAGCAUUCCGGCACUCUUAAAUCGAUCCGCAACGUCUGCAAUAGGACCUGAUCUGCCAGUGAAGCAGACACAAGCAUGGAAUCAACCACAGAUGGACGUAAUACAUACGGCCGUGUCUGGUUCUAUGCCACGUACGAUCGUGCGCUUUCCGGAAGAUGUGACAGCACUUGCCGAUCGGGAUGGUAGCUUCUCCCAGCGGGAGAAAGAUUCUACCACGGUGAAGAAAUCCGUCACCAAGACUUAUCAUACCCUGAAGGAUCUCAUCUCGUCCAAGUUCAAGAAGGAUGCGAACGAACAAAGCGAUGAGCUAAACAACGUAACCUCAAUGCUGCACGGUCAUCAGUCGAACUUGGAGCAGGGUCAAUCAAGCAGUCAGCAGCAACAACAACAACAACAACAUGGUGGCAAUAAUCAGACCGGAUCGUAUAUGUACAGCUCAGCGUCCGAUAAUAACUUGCUGCAGGCACAGUCUAACCUAAACGUGUGGCCGUCCAGCAGCCAAAGCAAUUCCCCACUGUACUAUCACAAGAAGUUCUCCGAUCCGGCCGAAGGUUUUACUGGCUCGAAAGCUCUCUCACAGCCACAGCUAAAUAUCGGUGUCGAACAGUCGAACCGUAACGCGCAGCACGUGGUCAGUAUGUUGCCGGCUCCGGUCGACGGCACGGAUAGUGAUGAUGGUGGAUUUCGGCAGCACAGUGUUAGUCGGCAAACGAAUCAAUCGGUACCGAAUGGGGCUAGCCAAAGUCAGGCGGGAGGAAUGCAGACUAGCCGAUCAAACACACAGCAACCUGCUUACAUCCAAAACUAUCGCCACAAUCACGCACAACAGCAGCAGCAGCAGCAGCAGCAUCUACAGCAGCAACAUCACAUGUCGUACCAGCAGGCCCUUCAUAACGCUAAACAGCGAGCAGCACUGGAGGGUGCUAGUUCCAGCUCCAACAUUCAAACAUCGUCCUACAACACGACGGUGACGGUUGGAGAUCAAAGUACAAGCCAUCUACAUCAUCAUCACCAUCUUCACCAUCAGGGUGAGAUCGGUAUGCAAAAGCACACCAUUUCGGUAGACAUUAACAGUGGAUCGUCGGUUAACAUCUCUACCGGAGAGUCACAUGAUGCGGGUGCAUACGAUAAGAAUGGUAAUCAUUCGUCCAACAUCGAUUCUGGACGUGGCAGUUCAUCUAUGGCUACUGCUAGUGCCGACGCCGUAAUGGAGAAGAGCAAAGUCAAAUCAGACGGUGAAUGGAUCGAUGUAGUUGAUGUGGAGCUGCGCAACAUUCUUGAACCGGGUAUGAAAUCGAUGAAUCUUCGUCCGGAGAGUACGAUGUCCGAGAGUGCCUCAUCAAUGUCUCCACCGUUGCCACCGCUCUCCCCACAUGAGGCAUACAACCAAGGUGCGGGUCCGGGUAGUAGCAAUAUCCAGACGAAGCCCAACAAUAACACUACCAAGUUGCAAAAGCAAGAGUACGGCACGGAUACGUACAACCGGGCAAGUAAAAACCCCCAACCAAUCGGUCCUUCAAAGGGGCAACCAUCGCCCAACACGAUACAGAACUACAUGAACCAUUUGAAGCUCUCCAGCAACAAGAAGCACGAGCAGAAUGCCUUGAAAAAGCAUCUGUUCGGGUUAGAUACGGAUGUUGCCUCCGUCACCAAUACGACGCGAUCGCUCGAUCUCGAAUCACUGCUCGGCGGUCCCUGGGAUGGUGCCCAAUCGGUAUCAGAGUCGGAAACGGAUGGUGGCGGUUUGCAGCAAAUUCGCAACCAGCUCGAAGGGCUCGAGACGAUGUAUAGUGAGGUGCUGAAAAUGUUGGGCAAUCGUAUGGCCACGAACGAGUCAACGCUACGGGCAAACAGACGUCGACGGCAUGGCAGCAUGUCUUCGCUACCGUCCAGCUCGAUCAGUGGCCGACCAAUUCGUGACCGGCGAAGAUUAGACGAGCGUCGCAAGGUGCGUGAUAUCAAAGGCAUCAACAAACGAUUCCAACGGUUGGAAUCACACGUAGUCACGCUAGCACGCAGUGUGGCACACCUUUCGUCGGAGAUGCGUUCGCAGCACCUGGUGUCACAGGAACUGGAAGAGUUGCGUAACGAUUUGGCCCUGUUGCGCUCACAAUCGAUGCACAACCUGCCGCUAAACAGUAGCGGUAAUGGGGCCAAUGCAUCCGCACGUGAACCGAUCAACCUGACCAACCCGAAGCGUGUGAAGAAGUUGACUAAAUUUUUCGGCGAAGAUCCACCGCUGAUGAAACUGUUUCUCAAAAAACUUGGCUAUGAGAAAUAUGCACCCAUUUUCGAGAGUGAACGUGUCGGUAUGAUCGAGCUGCCGUACCUGGGCGAGGAAAGGCUACAAAAGAUGGGCAUACCACUCGGGCCGAGACUGAGGAUUCUCCAGGAGGCGCAAAUAUCGCUGUGUCGCGAUACGACGCUCUGCAUCGUUUAAGCCGCGUGAUCGUACGUAGUGACGUGAGCCAAAGAACUGAAACAAGCAAACAAGUAUUUUUUUUUAGACAUCGUGUGACAGUGUUCUCGGUGGAAGAGAUUAAGCAAAAUCGGGGGUGGUGCUAUUGGAAAUCAAAACCUCGUACUGGACAUUUGGUGGACGUACGCCUAUCACCCCAUCCAGUGACUAGAGAAUUACGAAAUUAAAUCUCAUUAAUCUUUGAAACAAA